CCCCUGUGAGACUCAGUCUAGAUCCCAGACACAAAGUUGUGAAUCACCCUUCAUUAUUUUGGUACAUAAGAGGAGAGAAAGGAACCCAAAAGAGCUGGAAAGAGAGUUCCCGGCCGUCCUCAUGAUGCUUUCAGCCCUGAGUGCCACCAUCAUCCUGGCCGCUUGUGUGUCCUGUGCUGCAGUGGAGCUAGAUGGGGAGGAGUCCAACUUGACAAGGGCAGAGCAGAUCAAUGACAUCCAGAAAAAAGUCAGCGACCUCUGGCACAAGCUCGUCUAUGUGAAACCGGUCACCUCAGGCAAUGAUGAACGCACUAUCUAUGCCACCUGCCAGGUAAAGCCUUCUUCUACUUUGGAGGCCAAUAAAUCCCAAGUGACAGGGCAAGUCCUGUUUAAACAGCUCUAUCCAGAUGGGAAGAUGAAUAUCUUCUUUGAUCUGGCUGGGUUUCCAGUAGAUACCAGGAAUGCCUCUGCCAGGGCUAUUCACAUCCACAAGUUUGGGGAUCUCAGCAAUGGCUGUGAUGGAACCUCCAGCCACUAUAACCCCCAUUCGGUAGACCACCCCCACCACCCAGGGGACUUUGGGAACUUCCCUGUAAAGGACGGCAAGAUCAGAAAGUUCCGAUCCAAUUUUUCAGCUUCUCUCUUUGGGCCCUACUCUGUCCUGGGCAGGGCCAUUGUAGUUCAUGAGCAAGAGGAUGACCUUGGCAAAGGUAACAACAAGGGUAGCCUGGAGCAUGGCAAUGCUGGGAAGCGCCUGGCCUGCUGUGUCAUUGGCAUCUGUGGGCCAGAGCUCUGGAACAAGGUCUUGGACAAUGUCGAACAGAGAAAGAGGAGGAGAGAAAGUGAAGGCAAGACUGCCUGAAGCAAAGAUUUCUGCAGGCCCUUGGUCCACAUCCUGGUCAAGUUAAUCAUCUCUGGCAAACACCCCCAGGUGGUUAGAAUGCUGGCAUGAGGCUUGGUCUUUAGCUGUACUUGUAAGAAGUGCUCCCAUGGAGCUGCUUCGCUUUGGGAGAAAUUCUACUUUCUGUGUGUCAUGCAAUAAAGAAGCUUCAAUACAAUA